ACAAGCCUGAUUUAUUUUUUAAAAUGGUCUAGGCAGCCAUGCUCAAGGUGAUGUACAAUAAAAAGAGCAGCUAUAUCAAUACAACGAAAAUGCAGUCAAAGAAACCAAAUAUGGUGAAACAGAAGUGAAAUGCUUGCAGGAGAGAGAAAUCAUUCACAGCCUGAUUUCGUAAAAAUGAUGAAAUGAAAGCUAUGGAAGUCCUGCCAAUCUUGAAGGAGAAAGUUGCAUACCUUUCAGGUGGAAGAGAUAAACGUGGAGGCCCCAUUCUAACAUUUCCAGCUCGUAGCAAUCAUGACAGAAUACGACAAGAAGACCUUAGGAGGCUCAUUUCAUACCUAGCUUGUAUUCCUAGUGAAGAAGUGUGUAAACGAGGUUUCACAGUUAUUGUAGAUAUGCGUGGAUCUAAAUGGGACUCUAUUAAGCCACUUUUGAAGAUCUUACAGGAAUCCUUUCCUUGUUGCAUUCAUGUUGCACUGAUAAUCAAGCCAGACAACUUUUGGCAAAAACAGCGGACUAACUUCGGCAGUUCCAAGUUUGAAUUUGAGACAAACAUGGUGUCUCUGGAAGGCCUUACCAAAGUUGUCGACCCUUCUCAGUUAACUCCAGAAUUUGACGGCUGCUUGGAAUAUAACCAUGAAGAAUGGAUAGAAAUCAGAGUUGCCUUUGAGGAUUACAUUAGCAAUGCCACACACAUGCUCUCUAGGCUGGAGGAGCUGCAGGACAUAUUGGCCAAAAAGGAUUUGCCUCAGGACUUGGAGGCAGCUAGGAGUAUGAUUGAGGAGCAUUCGCAGCUGAAGAAAAAGGUCAUCAAAGCCCCUAUUGAGGACCUGGACUUGGAAGGGCAGAAGCUGCUGCAGAGGAUACAGAGCAGUGAAACGUUCCCCAAAAAGAACUCUGGGUCUGGAAAUGCGGACCUACAGAACCUCUUGCCGAAAGUGUCCACUAUGUUGGACAGGCUGCAUUCGACGCGGCAGCAUCUGCAUCAGAUGUGGCAUGUGCGGAAGUUGAAACUGGACCAAUGCUUUCAGCUCAGACUUUUUGAACAAGAUGCAGAAAAGAUGUUCGACUGGAUCACACAUAAUAAAGGCCUGUUUUUGAACAGCUACACAGAGAUUGGAGCCAGUCACUCGCAUGCCAUGGAGCUCCAGACACAGCACAAUCAUUUUGCUAUGAACUGUAUGAAUGUGUAUGUGAACAUAAACCGCAUCAUGUCUGUAGCCAACCGUUUGGUGGAGUCUGGUCACUACGCCUCGCAGCAAAUCAAGCAGAUCGCGAGCCAGUUGGAACAAGAAUGGAAAGCAUUUGCUGCCGCCCUGGAUGAGCGCAGCACCUUACUGGAUAUGUCCGCUAUUUUCCACCAGAAAGCUGAGCAGUAUAUGAGUAACGUGGAUUCCUGGUGUAAGGCCUGUGGCGAGGUAGAGCUUCCCUCAGAACUACAGGAUUUGGAAGAUGCCAUCCACCAUCACCAAGGGAUAUAUGAGCAUAUUACUCUGGCCUAUUCAGAGGUGAGCCAAGAUGGAAAGUCACUACUUGACAAACUGCAACGACCGUUGACUCCUGGAAGUUCAGACUCUCUAACCGCUUCAGCUAACUACUCCAAGGCAGUGCACCAUGUCCUAGAUUUUAUUCACGAAGUACUGCAUCACCAGAGGCAGCUGGAGAACAUCUGGCAGCAUCGAAAGGUCCGCCUACAUCAACGGCUUCAGCUGUGUGUCUUUCAACAGGAUGUACAACAGGUGCUGGACUGGAUUGAAAACCACGGAGAAGCUUUCCUUAGCAAACACACGGGCGUUGGGAAAUCCUUACAUCGAGCCAGAGCACUGCAGAAACGCCAUGAAGACUUUGAAGAAGUGGCACAGAAUACAUAUACCAAUGCAGACAAGUUGCUAGAAGCAGCUGAGCAGCUGGCACAGACAGGAGAGUGCGACCCUGAAGAGAUUUAUCAAGCAGCCCAUCAGUUGGAAGACCGGAUACAAGAUUUUGUUAGGCGUGUAGAACAACGGAAGAUCCUGCUGGACAUGUCUGUCUCUUUUCACACCCAUGUUAAAGAGCUCUGGACGUGGCUGGAGGAGCUGCAGAAGGAGCUGCUAGACGAUGUCUACGCAGAGUCUGUGGAGGCUGUGCAGGAGCUGAUCAAAAGGUUUGGCCAGCAGCAGCAAACGACUCUUCAGGUUACGGUGAACGUCAUCAAAGAAGGCGAGGAUCUGAUACAGCAGCUGAGGGAUUCUGCCAUCUCGAGUAACAAGACCCCCCAUAACAGCUCCAUCAAUCACAUAGAGACAGUCCUUCAACAACUGGAUGAGGCCCAGUCACAGAUGGAAGAGCUUUUCCAGGAACGCAAAAUAAAGCUGGAGCUCUUCUUACAGCUGCGGAUAUUUGAGAGAGAUGCCAUCGAUAUUAUUUCAGACCUUGAAUCCUGGAAUGAUGAGCUCUCUCAACAGAUGAAUGAUUUUGACACUGAGGAUCUCACAAUAGCUGAGCAGAGGCUUCAGCACCACGCGGACAAAGCCCUGACCAUGAAUAACUUGACUUUCGAUGUCAUCCACCAAGGGCAAGACCUCCUGCAGUAUGUCAAUGAAGUACAGGCCUCUGGUGUAGAACUGCUCUGCGACAGAGAUGUGGACAUGGCCACUCGGGUGCAGGACUUGCUGGAGUUCCUCCAUGAAAAGCAGCAGGAACUGGACUUGGCGGCAGAACAGCACCGGAAACACUUGGAGCAAUGUGUGCAGCUUCGCCACCUGCAGGCUGAAGUCAAGCAGGUAUUGGGCUGGAUCCGAAAUGGGGAGUCCAUGUUAAAUGCUGGCUUGAUCACCGCCAGCUCACUGCAAGAGGCUGAACAGCUGCAACGUGAACAUGAGCAAUUCCAGCAUGCAAUAGAGAAAACACACCAGAGUGCACUGCAGGUGCAGCAGAAAGCCGAGGCCAUGUUGCAGGCUAACCACUAUGACAUGGACAUGAUCAGGGACUGUGCUGAGAAGGUGGCCUCCCAUUGGCAGCAGCUGAUGCUCAAGAUGGAAGACCGGCUGAAACUUGUGAACGCCUCUGUGGCCUUCUACAAAACGUCGGAGCAGGUCUGCAGUGUGCUGGAAAGCUUGGAACAAGAAUACAAGCGGGAAGAAGACUGGUGUGGAGGAGCGGACAAACUGGGCCCCAACUCAGAAACAGACCACGUGACUCCCAUGAUUAGCAAACACCUUGAACAAAAAGAGGCAUUCCUCAAGGCUUGCACACUGGCUCGGCGAAAUGCUGACGUGUUCCUGAAAUACCUGCACAGGAACAGUGUAAAUAUGCCAGGGAUGGUGACUCACAUCAAGGCCCCUGAACAGCAGGUCAAAAACAUCCUAAAUGAACUCUUCCAGAGGGAAAACCGUGUCUUGCAUUACUGGACGAUGAGAAAAAGACGCCUUGACCAAUGUCAGCAAUACGUUGUCUUUGAAAGAAGCGCCAAACAGGCUCUUGAGUGGAUCCAUGACAAUGGAGAAUUUUAUUUAUCCACACACACUUCCACUGGCUCCAGUAUUCAGCAUACGCAAGAGCUGUUGAAGGAGCAUGAGGAAUUCCAGAUUACUGCAAAGCAAACCAAAGAGCGGGUGAAGCUAUUGAUACAGCUAGCGGACGGCUUUUGUGAAAAAGGGCAUGCCCAUGCAGCAGAGAUUAAAAAAUGUGUCACAGCCGUGGACAAGAGAUACAGGGACUUCUCGCUGCGUAUGGAAAAAUAUAGGACCUCUUUAGAGAAAGCCCUGGGGAUCUCUUCGGAUUCCAAUAAAUCGAGCAAAAGCCUGCAGCUGGACAUAAUCCCGGCCAGUGUUCCUGGGUCAGAGGUGAAACUGCGAGAUGCUGCUCACGAGCUUAAUGAAGAAAAAAGGAAGUCUGCCCGCAGGAAAGAGUUCAUUAUGGCUGAGCUUAUUCAGACAGAAAAGGCUUAUGUAAGAGAUCUCCGGGAGUGUAUGGACACGUAUCUGUGGGAAAUGACAAGCGGUGUUGAAGAGAUCCCACCUGGUAUUGUCAACAAGGAGCAUAUCAUCUUUGGGAACAUGCAGGAGAUCUAUGAGUUCCAUAAUAAUAUAUUCCUGAAAGAGCUGGAGAAAUAUGAGCAGCUGCCUGAAGAUGUUGGUCACUGUUUCGUUACUUGGGCAGACAAGUUCCAAAUGUAUGUGACUUACUGCAAAAACAAGCCGGACUCCACCCAGUUGAUACUAGAACACGCGGGUGCUUAUUUUGAUGAAAUACAACAGCGGCAUGGGCUAGCCAAUUCAAUCUCCUCUUACCUUAUCAAACCUGUUCAGCGGAUAACGAAAUAUCAGCUUCUUUUAAAGGAGCUGCUCACCUGCUGUGAAGAAGGUAAAGGUGAAAUUAAAGAUGGCUUAGAAGUGAUGCUUAGUGUGCCAAAGCGAGCCAAUGAUGCCAUGCAUCUCAGCAUGCUGGAAGGUUUUGAUGAGAACAUUGAAUCUCAGGGAGAGCUCAUCCUUCAGGAAUCCUUCCAAGUAUGGGACCCCAAAACUCUGAUCCGGAAAGGCCGUGAGAGGCAUCUUUUCCUCUUUGAGAUGUCACUGGUCUUUAGUAAGGAAGUGAAAGACUCAAGUGGGAGAAGCAAAUACAUCUACAAGAGCAAACUGUUUACCUCCGAGUUAGGUGUCACCGAGCAUGUGGAAGGUGAUCCUUGCAAAUUUGCACUGUGGGUUGGAAGGACCCCUACGUCAGACAACAAAAUUGUGCUAAAGGCUUCCAGUAUCGAGAAUAAACAAGACUGGAUCAAGCACAUCCGAGAGGUGAUACAAGAAAGGACAAUUCAUCUCAAAGGAGCCUUAAAAGAGCCAAUCCACAUUCCAAAAACUGCACCAACAACAAAACAGAAGGGGAGAAGAGAUGGAGAAGACCUGGAUAGUCAAGGAGAAGGCAGUAGUCAGCCUGAUACUAUUUCAAUUGCAUCACGAACCUCCCAGAAUACACUAGACAGUGAUAAGUUAUCCGGAGGCUGUGAGUUGACAGUGGUCAUCCAUGAUUUCACGGCAUGCAACAGCAAUGAACUGACAAUCCGCCGUGGUCAGACAGUGGAGGUUCUAGAGCGGCCACAUGACAAACCUGACUGGUGCCUAGUACGAACCACUGACCGGUCCCCAGCUGCAGAAGGGCUCGUACCCUGUGGAUCUCUCUGCAUUGCCCACUCUAGAAGCAGUAUGGAGAUGGAAGGCAUCUUUAAUCACAAAGAUUCUCUUUCCGUUUCCAGCAAUGAUGCCAGCCCUCCUGCGUCAGUGACAUCACUCCAGCCCCAUAUGAUAGGUGCACAGAGCUCCCCAGGCCCAAAGCGCCCAGGCAACACCCUUAGGAAAUGGCUUACUAGCCCAGUGAGGCGACUUAGCAGUGGAAAGGCAGAUGGCCAUGUGAAGAAACUGGCCCACAAACAUAAGAAGAGCCGAGAAGUCCGCAAAAGUGCUGACACAGGCUCUCAGAAGGACUCUGAUGACAGUGCUGCUACACCACAAGAUGAAACCAUUGAAGAGAGAGGGCGGAACGAGGGCUUGAGCAGUGGCACCCUCUCCAAAUCGUCCUCUUCAGGCAUGCAGAGCUGUGGAGAGGAAGAAGGUGAAGAAGGGCCUGACGCUGUGCCACUUCCUCCUCCAAUGGCAAUCCAACAACAUAGUCUACUCCAGCCAGACUCACAGGAUGACAAGACUUCUUCUCGGUUGUUGGUACGUCCUACCAGCUCAGAAACUCCCAGUGCAGCAGAACUUGUCAGUGCAAUAGAAGAGCUUGUGAAGAGCAAAAUGGCUCUGGAGGAUCGUCCAAGUUCACUGAUGGUUGACCAGGGUGAUAGUAGCAGCCCAUCAUUCAAUCCUUCAGACAACUCACUUCUAUCCUCCUCGUCACCCAUUGAUGAGAUGGAAGAACGGAAGUCCAGCUCUUUAAAAAGGCGACACUAUGUCCUACAGGAAUUAGUUGAGACGGAACGAGAUUAUGUGAGAGAUCUUGGUUACGUAGUUGAGGGUUACAUGGCACUCAUGAAAGAAGAUGGUGUUCCUGAUGACAUGAAAGGAAAAGACAAAAUUGUGUUUGGCAACAUUCAUCAAAUAUAUGACUGGCACAGAGAUUUCUUUUUAGGAGAAUUAGAGAAGUGCCUUGAGGAUCCAGAAAAAUUAGGAUCACUUUUUGUUAAACAUGAGAGAAGAUUGCACAUGUACAUAGUUUACUGCCAAAACAAACCAAAGUCUGAGCAUAUUGUCUCAGAGUACAUUGAUACAUUUUUUGAGGACCUGAAGCAGCGUUUGGGUCAUAGACUUCAGCUCACAGACUUGCUGAUAAAACCUGUGCAAAGAAUUAUGAAGUACCAAUUGUUACUAAAGGACUUCCUCAAAUACUCCAAAAAAGCUAAUCUUGAUACUACAGAAUUAGAGAGGGCUGUAGAAGUUAUGUGUAUAGUCCCAAAACGGUGCAACGACAUGAUGAAUGUUGGUCGUUUACAAGGUUUUGAUGGUAAAAUUGUUGCCCAGGGUAAACUCUUGCUGCAAGAUACAUUCAUGGUUACAGACCAGGAUACGGGGCUCUUGCCACGUUGCAAAGAAAGGCGGGUCUUCCUGUUUGAGCAGAUUGUUAUAUUCAGUGAACCACUAGAUAAAAAGAAAGGCUUCUCAACACCAGGAUUCUUAUUUAAAAACAGUAUCAAGGUGAGUUGCCUUUGCUUGGAAGAAAAUGUAGACAACGAUCCAUGUAAAUUUGCACUAACGUCAAGAGCAGGUGAUGCUAUGGAGACUUUUGUUUUGCAUUCUACCAGUCCAGGAAUCCGCCAAAUGUGGAUCCAUGAAAUCAACCAAAUCUUGGAAAACCAGCGUAACUUUCUAAAUGCCUUGACAUCACCAAUCGAGUACCAGAGGAACCACAGUGGCCCUGGUGGCAGCAGCAACAGCAGUGGCCCCAGCACCUGCACUGGAAUCCCUAGCUCCAGCCGUAGCAGGCCUUCCCGGAUCCCGCAGCCGGUCCGACACCAUUCCCCAGUCCUGGUCUCCUCUGCAGCCUCAGUCCAAGCAGAGGCAGACAAGAUGUCAGGUAUGUCCAUUCACAAUUCCUCGCUGCCUCCCCACACCAUCACACUAGAGGCUCGCCUUAGCCAGGCAGGCAGGCAUCCAUCAGCCACGCAGCAGAACGGUCCAGAGAGAGAAGCAGAGAAGAUCCCCAAGAUGAAAGCGAUGGAGAGCCCCCGGAAGACACCAGGAAGCACUUGUGGCUCAGCAGACACAGAUCAGAGGGAAUGCCGUGGGAAUUCAGAGGAGAUGCAUUUGAGGAGCAGCGCUGGAUCGCUCACACUGGGAAAGUCACGAUCUGGAGCCAUCUCGCCAAUAAACUCUCCUCCUGCAAUGACUUUCCCUUCUCCGUUUGCCAAGGAAACUUUUACACCCAGCAGCCCCCUGCAGAAGGGCUCCUUUUGGAGCUCCAUCCCAGCAUCCCCUGUCAGCCGCCCUGGUUCCUUCACUUUCCCUGGGGACAGUGACUCCCUCCAGCGCCAGGUCCACCGACACUCUUCACACAGCAAGGACACAGAUCGCAUGAGCACAUGUUCCUCGACCAGCGAGCAAUCAGUACACUCCACCCAGAGUAAUGGGAGUGAAAGUAGCAGCAGUAGCAAUAUCUCCACCAUGCUGGUGACACACGAUUAUACGGCAGUGAAGGAGGAUGAGAUUAAUGUCUACCAAGGAGAAGUCGUGCAAAUUCUAGCCAGCAACCAACAGAACAUGUUUUUGGUGUUCCGAGCCGCCACUGACCAGUGCCCUGCAGCCGAGGGCUGGAUCCCCGGCUAUGUACUGGGGCACACCAGUGCAGUCACUAUUGACAACCCCGAUGGAACAAUGAAGAAGUCGUCAUCUUGGCACACAGCACUCCGUCUAAGGAAGAAAUCUGAGAAAAAAGAUAAAGACGGCAAAAGGGAAGGCAAGUUAGAAAAUGGUUACCGUAAAUCGCGAGACGGACUUGCCAAUAAGGUUUCCGUGAAGCUUCUCAACCCCAACUACAUUUAUGAUGUUCCCCCAGAAUUUAUAAUACCAUUAAGUGAGACGACAUGCGAGAUAGGAGAGACUGUCAUUCUUAAGUGCAAAGUCUGUGGUCGUCCCAAAGCUUCAAUAACUUGGAAAACUCCUGAUCAUAACAUAUUGAGCAAUGAUAGUCGCUACAGCAUCUCGUACAGUGAUUUAGGAGAAGCAACUCUGAAAAUCAUUGGUGUAACCACAGAAGAUGAUGGUAUCUAUACCUGCAUAGCUGCAAAUGAUAUGGGUUCAGUUUCAUCUUCGGCCAGUCUGCGAGUUUUAGGUCCUGGAAGUGAUGGGAUCAUGGUAACCUGGAAGGAUAACUUUGAUUCCCUGUACAGUGAAGUGGCUGAGCUUGGCAGGGGCAGGUUUUCUGUCAUUAAGAGAUGUGAUCAAAAGGGGACCAAGCGAGAAGUAGCCGCUAAGUUCGUAAAUAAGAAACUAAUGAAACGAGAUCAGGUCACCCACGAACUCGGAAUGAUGCAGAAUCUCCAGCACCCUCAGCUUGUCGGCCUUCUUGAUGCCUUUGAAACUUCCACCAGUUACAUCUUGGUGUUAGAGAUGGCCAACCAAGGUCGCCUUCUGGACUACAUUGUGCAAUGGGGAAACCUCACUGAAGGAAAGAUCAAGUUAUACCUGGGGGAGAUUCUGGAAGCUGUACAAUAUCUUCACAAUUGCAGAAUAGUGCACUUGGACCUAAAGCCUGAAAACAUUCUGGUGGAUAAGAGCUUGGCCAAAGCGACAAUCAGACUGGCUGACUUUGGAGAUGCAGUCCAGCUCAACACCACCUACUACAUCCACCAGUUACUUGGGAACCCAGAGUUUGCAGCUCCCGAAAUUAUCCUUGGAAAUCCCGUCUCCCUGACCUCAGAUGUGUGGAGCAUCGGAGUGCUCACAUAUGUCCUCCUUAGCGGCGUGUCUCCUUUCCUGGAUGAAAGUGUAGAGGAAACCUGCCUGAACAUUUGUCGCUUAGACUUUAGCUUCCCAGAUGACUACUUCAAAGGAGUAAGCCAGAAGGCCAAAGAUUUUGUAUGUUUCCUAUUGCAGGAUGACCCAGCCAAGCGUCCUUCUGCUGCACUGGCCCUCCAGGAGCAAUGGCUGCAGCCAGGCAGUGCCAAAAUUGCUGACAGCAUUGACACAGCCAGACUGACUUCAUUCAUUGAGCGGCGAAAACACCAGAACGAUGUUCGGCCCAUUCGUAGCAUUAAAAACUUCUUACAGAGCAGGCUCUUGCCAAAAGUUUAACCUAUCUUUGAUGUUCUCUCUCAUUCUCUUUCACCUGUCACUUAAACUGAGGAUGAAGCUCUCCUGCCAAUCAGCUGUUGACUUGAAUUUGGGGUGAAGAAAAAAAAAGCCAAUCAGCUGCUAGCGUGUUCAUCGUGUGGAAAUGCAUUCCAAGUAAAUCUACGCACGGUUGUACUUGGGACUAGCAGUGCAAAACUAUGUUGGGGUGGAGGACUACAACAUUGUACUCUGCAAAAGGCAAUGAAGAACUUUACACUUAUUACAGUAUUUUAUUCAGGUUUCUGCAAAAAAAAAAUACCCUUUUUUAAAAGCGUCAAGCAAGAAUUAAAAUUUUGCAAAUGAUCUUAACUAGCAUUUUCAAGAUUUUAGACAAAGGAAAUAUGCCUAUGUUCAAAGCACUGGUAUUAAGAGGCAAGAUACAGACACUGACACUAAAAGAUGACUUAACAAAAUGGCUGCCCAUCUAUUUGGUGUCCAUUUUGGACCAUCUGAUUAUUAUUAUUUUUGACUUGGACAUGGAGCUUUCCAGUUGCCUCGCCUGUGUAUCUUGCAUAGCAGUGCACUGAGACUAGACUCUGCUUAUAAGUGCAUCCAACCUCAAGAUUUUUGCAUACAAAUAGAAUGAACCAUUUUGCUCUGAUAAAAUGUAGGCCUUACUUGUAAAUAGACUGUUACCUGCCUUCAGUCUGUGUCUCUUUAAUUUCUCCCCUCCCCUCCCCUCCCCCUCUCCAUUACUUCCCCCUAAAUGGUGGUAUGCCACUGUGCGGGUCUUCAGUUCAGGUCAGCCUUGGGUUGACCUAUCAGAAAAGAACUCUGGGUUUGGUGUCCAAUACACCAACCUCUGUUGUCAAGCAGUAUACAGCAGGAAGAAAAUACUGUAAAUGCACUCACUUUGGGAUUUUGUUUUUGUUUUUUUAUUUCAUAUCAUGUGCAAUGUUGUGGCUUUAACAUUUUAUGCAACUAUUUAUGAGGACCUCUGUUGUAACUGUAAUAAAUAUAUAGGGAAAAAAAGCACAUUCAUAGUAUGGCGAGCUUUAUGACUUCAUUUGUGUUUGGAAUUUCCAGGAGUGGGAUGGGGGAGGGGGUUUGGGUUUGUCACUGUGUUAUUAAACCAGAUGAACUUGAGGCUGAAGUCAAGCUGGUUUAAAAAGAUUGUAAAAUUAUUUUCAUCUCCCGAAAUACAAACUGGAUAUAAAAAAAAAAAAAAUAGGGUGACACUUUCAAAGAAGUAUGUUUCGUUUGUUUGUUGUUCAAAAUGCCAAAGUAUUCAUAAUCCCCCACCCUCCUGAAAUCAGUCUCUACUUUUUAGAAUUUUCAGAUUUGACUAUUGCUUUCUGUAUAAUAAUUGAAUGAAUAUUGUGGUCUUUGAAGAAAAUACCAACAAUUAGUCAUGCUCAUGAAUAACAGAAUCUGAAAUAAGAUAAUGUCUCUUUUAGCAUAUACACACACAUCAGGCAGUAUGUGGAAUAUUGAGACAUUGAUGGUUUUUUUGCAUCUGAGCUGACAUGGAUGUUCAGUCCUCCAUGUUUCUCUUUAUGUGUAAUGCCUGUUGAAAGAAACCAAGCCUGCAUCCCAUACAAAGCAAAACAUCUUAAACUGUAAUCUCACUUUGGUUUUAAUUUUAAUAUUUGCAGCUUCUGUUGUAAUCUAUUUAUUUCCCUUUUUGUUUUUUGUAAAGUUGUACAGAAACUUUUAAAACAAGAAUUAAAAUCAAAAUUGGAUGGAUGUGUAUUCAUACCAGCCAUAACUUUUUGUUUUGCUUGUGAAUUAUAAUUUCAUUUCUUAUUUUAGUUGCAUUUUACUUUUAUUUUGCAUGUAUAUUUCUUUGUACAGUUAUGUUGCCGUGUUUACACAGUAUGAUGUGAUGUAAAUAUUUUAUUUUGCCAUCAGUUAUUUUAAAAAAAAUUAAACAUAUU